CAGCUGACGCCAGCCGCAGCGGCCACCCAGCUUCUACCCGUGCAUCCAGAGCGCCGCGGCGACACCAUGUUGGGCAUGAUCAAGAACUCGCUGUUUGGGAGCGUAGAGACUUGGCCUUGGCAGAUCCUGAGCAAAGGGGGCAAGGGAGAGGUCUCCUAUGAGGAGAGGGCCUGUGAAGGUGGGAAGUUUGCCACAGUGGAAGUGACUGAUAAGCCUGUGGAUGAGGCUCUACGGGAAGCAAUGCCCAAAGUCGUGAAGUAUGUGGGAGGCUCCAAUGACAAGGGAAUCGGGAUGGGGAUGACAGUUCCUAUUUCCUUUGCCGUAUUCCCCAGUGCCGAUGGGUCCCUACAGAAGAAAUUAAAAGUCUGGUUCCGGAUUCCAAAUGAGUUUCAAAGCGACCCACCAGCUCCCAGCGAUGACAGCAUUAAGAUCCAAGACAGGGAAGGCAUCACUGUCUAUUCCACAGGCCCCUCCAUCCUACGCAUCCCGUUCACAUCCAUCCUGACUCCUUCAUCUUCAUCUUCAUCUUCAGCGUCAGUGUUGGCCGAGUCCCGGUCACCUCCUGGCUGUGCCUUCCCCUCGAUCCGCAUGGCCACGGCCCUCAUCACCUCUUGCCCGAACCGUUGCCGAGGCCUCCUUAGCGUUUCUCGUCCCUCCAGCUCUGCCUCUGCUGAGAGGUCGUUUUGUCUCCGCCAGCCCUAAAGCACAGGACCGAUCGCACUACUGCCCCCUGCUGUUGGGCUCUGCCCGAGGCACAUCCGAGGUUUGGGACCAAGGCCAAGCUAGUAAUAAAAUACGAAGGGGGAUGGGUGGACUUUGGGUUGGGUCCCCAAAUGUUUGGCCAGGCAGUGAAGCCUAGUAAAAUGCCUUGUUGUGGCGUGUACUGUCCUCCACAACACAGCCCCACUCCAGGGGUCCGCCUAGCCUCAGAGCAUCCCACCCACACCUCCCAAGCCCCGCCUCAAACACACACACAUACAAUAUCCACUCCCAGACCUUCACUCACUCGCCCAGCUCCUCUCAGCCCUUCCCCAACCUCUGCUCAUUGCAAGCUCUGUGAGGGCAGGAAUUUUUGUCAUGUUGUUCAUUGCCGCCAUCAGAAGAGACGCUCAAGAGAUAGAUAGCAGCUUGAUAUCACGUCCGUAGCAUCCUCCCCUUCAUGUUCUAAGUCAGAACCAAUCCGUCCCUGCCCCCAGAGCGUUCUGUGUGUACCUCCGUUCUGGUGUUUUCUCCUGCCCUGCCUAAUCUUUAUGUGUGUCUCUGUCCUGGCCACUACAGUGAGACCUCGCCUGGGUAGAAAGUUCCCCGUCGUCUUUAUGGCUCUGUGCUCUCGAGAGCGUGUGCUUCCCGCUUGAGCGAUGCUCACCUCGAUAAGCCUGGUUCAAUCUGACUGAAUGAAAUGCCACACGGUGUUAAGCUUCUUUCCUGUUGAUGUGGAAUUAUCAGCUCUUCGGCUUACGCUUCUCCUGCUUAGCACAGGGCUGUGUGCGUGGCAGACUCUCCACAGAUCCGUGCUGACCUGUUGACUGUGAAAGUUCUAGGCCACGUCGGACGGUCAGGCUCAGAGUCAUUCCAUCUCUCCUCUACCUCGCUGCCUGCCUGCUCCAAGCACUCCCUGAAAGAUAACACGUUCUGAUUUUUCGGACCUGGGACCAAAGUCUCCGUCUGUUAACCCGCCUCAAUGACACCUGCAUCAUCCCCCCCACACCCCAACUCUUCCAGACCUGUUUAGACAGUUCCUUUUUUUUUUCAUCUUUAUUGGAGUAUAAUUGCUUUACAAUGGUGU